AUGAGCAAUACAGAUGAUUAGGAGACUGCUAUAAUAAAGGCUUUUAAUGCAAGCAUAGAAUUUAUUUUAGAUAAAGAUAAAAAAACAAAGCAUAGAUUUUAGUAGUUAGUGGAUGUUUAUAAACAAAUCAGGGAUGAAGGAGAGCAAUAAAAUACUAGCAAGGAUGAAUAAGCAGAUAGUCAGAAUUAGUAAAAUCAACACUCAAGCAACCAGCCAGUUAAUUAGUCAUAGUUGAAUUAGUCAGCUAAUAACUCAUCAGGAGUGCUUAAUAUUAACGGAAUAUCUAUGAUGAAAUUGCAGCAUAGAAUAAUAAAGAAUAUCAAACUCAAUCAUAUAUGGCACUAGUCCUUGAAUCAAAAUUACAGGGUCGUUUAUGAACUGAUUUAAGAUCAUCUUAAUAAAAUUAAUCCAGGCUUUUUUUAAAAGCUAAUUAAUCAGAAUAAUUAAUGUAGAGAUAUCCUUUAAACAUUAAAGUUACUAUAUUUUUUCUUUGACAGUUUAGAAAAUGUAAAUAUUCAAGAAUUAUUGAAAGGAGUCUUUCGCUUGCAAAUCAUUCAAACCAUUUACUGCUGUCUCGAUUAUUAAAAUAAAGAAGAAGCAAGAAUUUUAGGUUUUAUUCUCCUUUUUAAGAUUAUUUCUAGCUAUGAUUUCAAUCAGCUAUUUAGGCUACAAGAACUAUCCGUUCUUACGCUAUUCAAUUAUAUAAUAGAUUUUUAGUCAUUUAGCAAACCAUACUCUUAAAACUCUAUUAAAGAUGUCUGCGUUUUUAACAGUCCGAGCAAUGGAAUGCCUGUUUGGACAAAUUAUAUUAAAGAUGUAAGCCACGAAAAAUCAGAAAAGCAAUAUCUAGAUGAAAUAUGGAAAUACAUGCAAUUGGAUGUUAAAAAUGUGAGAAAGUGGUUGCUUAUAUUUUCUUAGACAUGGUUUUAACUUUGUUUUGAUAAAAGUUACCUUAAAUGGUCCGAAGAAUAUUUUAAGAGAUAAGAUACUGUUACCAAGCAAUAUUAAAUGAUCUAUGGUUUAUCUACUGAUUAAAUUUUACUAGACUAAAAUACUAAAAUAAAUUUAACAUCAAGCUUUCUUAAAUAAAUCAACUUUUUCUUUGUUAUUCUUAGCACUAAUAAGAAGGAAAAGUAAAAAGAAAGAAGAAGCACAGCAGUUAUUGCAGAUUUAAGACACAAAUUACUUAGUGAAAAAGAGUAUAUGCACUAUAUAGAUCUCCUACACAGCUAUUUUGACAAAGAAGAAUAUUAUAAAAUAGCAAAUGAUAUAAUAAGUACUUUUUCUGAUCAAAUGGCCAAUUUUGGAGAUCUUUUUCCUGUUUAUUAUGAAAAUGACAACAUUGUCUUAAUAUCUUCUAUUCUAAUGAAAAUCGAAGAGAGUAUAAUACAUGAGAUGACUAUCAGACAAAAUCAUUAGAAAAAGAAAUAAAAUUUUAAAAAGGAAAAUUAUUAAGAAUCCCAUCUUUAAAGUCAUACUAAGAUUACUCCAAAAAGAGCAGAAAUUUACAUAAACUGUUUAUAAAAGUUAAAUCAUGAUCAAAUACGCUCUACUCCUUACUUCAAAACAUUCUGCACAAAAGUUAUUAAAAUAGGAGAGGACUUAUUAAAUGAAUGGAUGUAAAAUAAAGACUAGGACUAAGAAUAAAACUCUAAAGUGCUGAUUGACUUGUUUUUCCUCUUGAUGAGUUAUUAGGAAAGAAUCUUUUUAGCAUAGCUUGAAAAAUCAUUCAGAAAAGAAGAUUCUCAUAAGCUGUUGGAAGAGAAUAAGCUAAACAGCGAAGAUAUCAUUCUCUUGAGAGAGAAAAUGCAUCAAAUGUCAAUUGAAUUAUUAAACAGAUACAACGUUUUAAAAAAUUUAAGUGACUAUGUUAAAAAUAUUGCUUUUAAAUUUAUUGAUACACUCUAUUCUUAAGAGAAUUUAGAUAUAUUUUAAGGAGAAGUUGUUUAUUUAGGAAAUGUUUUGAAAAAGGAAAAUUAGCCAUAUUAGUUAGAAAAUACUUUACAAAUGAUUUUAGAUGUAAUUAAAAUAAGGCAAAAACUUUAGAAAGAGUAAAGAUAAAGUGAAAGUGUCAACAAUUAAAUAAAUUUACAUACAAUGGUUGUGAAGGAGAGAAAUUUAUCUUAAUCUCAAAAAAGUUCUGCUUCAAUAGAAUCAGAAAAUAAUUCUAAUCCUCUAUAAAAAAUUAAUUAUUCAAAUAUAGAGCCUCAAUACAAAGAAAAGCAAGAUUAAAAAAUACUGUAAGGAGUUUUAAAAAAUUAUCUAAACAUGGGAAAAUUACUUAAUAUGGAAGAUGUUAUUCUACUUGAUGAGUAUAUAGGUAAUUACAGUGAGACAAAUACAGAAAAUAAACAGGAAGGCACAAAUCCUAGGAAUAAUAACCAAUAAAACUUGUCCUUUAAUAGGAAACGAGAUAAUUCAAAUUAACAAAACCUUCCAAAAUCGGAUUUUUCAGAGGUUGAACAAAGCGAAUAAAAUUCUAACAGCAGCUUCGUAUUUGUGAAUGCAAGCAAUGAAAACAGUGAAACUUUAUUUGCCUAAAAAAAGAAUAUUUAAUUUAGUGAAUAAAUCAAUAAUGUUUUGUAGUAAGAAGGAAAUAACUCUGAUAGUAAUGAAGGGAGCGAUUUUUUUCGCUUAGGCAGCUAAUUCUUGACAAAAUAAGAAAUUGAUAGAAAUAUAUCAAGGUUCAUUCAUUCAAAAAAAAGUGAAGCAGAGGAAUCUAACGAUAUAUUGGAGGGUGCUUUAAGCUGUUCGAAAGAAGAGUCACUAAAUUCUUCUCCAAAGAAAAACAAAUCAUAGAAUUCAAAAGAAAAAGGAUAAACUUCUAAAAUAAAUGAUUUGAAAAAUCGAAGAUCAUCUUUGUAUUUAAAAGAUGAAUAACAAAAUAAAUUAGAGUAUCUUGUUAUUUAAUUCAAUAAUUUGAUGUAUAAAAUAGAUAUAAUUUGUAAUAACUCAAAUUUCGUAGAUUUAUAAAAUCAGAACUUAUCAUGUAAAUAUACUCAGUAAAUAAUCUAUUGCUUCUUGACUCCUCACUAGAGCUAAAAGCAUUCUAAUUUCUUAAAUACUAGUUAAAGUCAAGCUUCUAGUUCUUUUAAUAUCUAAAAUAAAUAAAAACAAUCAUAAAUAAUAAGAUAUCCUCCAUCAAUAAAUACUUUAUUUUUUAUAUUUUACAGUUAUUUAAAUAUACAAAGUAAGUUAGAAACUUAUUAGAUCUUGUAAGAUUUAGGUAACAAGCAAUCAAAAAUAUAAAAAUUUGCUACAAUCACAAAUACAGCUUUUAUUAUGAAAUCCUUUUUUCAAAUAUACAACAAAGCUCAUUCUUAACAAAACGAAACCUUAGGAGAGAUAGUUAAUCAAUGGGAAUAACUCUUUAAUUAUUGUCUUAACGAAGACACAGAUCCAAUCUUUAGCGUGGCAGCAAUUGUAGUGAAUAAAGAUAUUUUUUCAACUUAUCCUGAAUUAAUGAAACAUCACAGCUUGAUUCAUAAAUUUUUAGAGAAAUCAAAGUAAAUUUUAGGAUAUUUGAUAGACCCUGUUUCAGCACCUGAAGAUUUUAGUUAUAUGCUAGCUAUAUUUCUAGCUGGUUAAGAUUUUAAUACUGCUUGCCAUUCUUCUUCAUUUAUCAUUUCGUCUCUUUCUUCUAUAUUUCCUUCCUCUUCAAAUUAACAUAGUUAAAUACUUCUUUAAAAUUAUUUGUUGGAAUCAACAACUAUUUGGAACCAUUCUGCAAUUAAUGAUGAAUUCAGUAAAUAAAGUCGAUCAAUAGUUAUUAGGUCAAUAAUUAUCUUGUUAAAAAAUUUGUAUUAAAUUUAAGAGAUAAAGAAAACAUCAUUUCCACUUAUUAAUUAUUUCAUCACUACUCUAGUAAACCACUUUAUUUCGCUAUUUUAACCUAAUAUCAAUAUUGAAACUCUCUUUACAAUCGAUGUGAUAUUUCAUUUAUAAUCUCUCUUUUUUACAGUUCUUUUAGAUUAGCUCCAAAAUCAAGAAAUAAAACUGCUUAUAUGGGAUUUCAUCUUAAAAAAUAUUAAUUCUUAAUACAAUUCAUGUAAAUAAAUCUAAUACCACUCCAUAUAAUUUAUAAACUCGUUCGCUCUUGCUGAUUAAAUGUCAUUAAUACAAAAAACUACCAUAAACAGGAUUAUGAGAACUAUAACACAAAUUUUAUAAGAAAAAGUGUAAAAGGAUGUAUUAGUUUCUAGAUAGCUUCUUCAUUGUUUGCAGAACUGGAUUUUCAAUUUUAGAUAUUUUGAAAUUAACUGCAGAAAACAUUUUAAAGAUGCAAAAAGGUUUUUAGAAAAUUUAAUUAAGGCUUUACAUAAUAUAUCUUAAAUUAGUGACUUAUAGUAUGAUGUAUAAUUCUUUUUGUCAUAGUUGAUGAAAAAUUACCUUGAUUAAAGGUAAGAUGAUAUGUUUAGCUUUUAACUUGAAGAUUUAGUUGAGCCUUAAAGUGAUUUGCUUAGCCUAAAGAGUCGCGAAUCUGUUUAUCAUACUAUUAGCUGCCAUGAAUCAAUGAAGCAAUAGCAAAAAAUAAUUUUUGAAAUUUCUAAAAUAGAAAAAGAUGUUCUCAAGUAAAAAACGCAUUAAGCAACUUCUUUUGACUGCAGUGCAUAGAGCCAAUUAAAUAACUCAAGCGUUUUAAAAAAGAGUUAACAAAAUCAAGGAGUUGUAUCAUAAAUUAAAAAAUACAUAAAAAAGAACAGUAACCAUUAAUUUUAAGAUAUCAGCGAAUAUAUACCUGAAUUUAUAGAAAACAAGUAUUUAAGCUUUUGUUUAGAUAGUGAGAAACUUGUUUCUUUUUUACUUGAUAGCAAAUCCUAAAUAUAUGCAAUUAUCAGGGACCUUAAUGGAAAAUUUAUUUGGAAAGUAAGAGAAAAAUUAGUUGAAUCUCCUCUUUAAAAAGCUUUGAGAUCAAACGAUAAGUUAGAUGAUAAUUAAAUAAAUCUAAAUCAAUAAUAAAAUCAUUUUACACAAUAAAUAAAUUUAAACAAUCAUAAUGAAUUAGCCUAAAAGUAAAGUAAAUCAGAAAUUAAAGAUAAAAAGCCCUAACCAAAUAAUUAAAACUUGACUUAAUAUUUAUAAGAAACUCACAAGUCAGAAGGAAGUUUGAUACAUAUGAUUAAAAAUCCACCUAUUAAUUGUGAAGAAAAACGUAAAGUAAGUAAAGAAAUUCCUAAACAAACUAAAAAUGAUUAAUUAUCAAAAAUAAUUGAAUAAAUAAUCUACUUUAUUCACGAACAAAUUGUUUAAACUGAAAAUGAAAGCUAAUUUGGUGAUGAUGAUGAUCAAGAGUAAGAAGAAGAAAAUAUGCCUAGAAGCCCUUAAAAGAAUGGAAACUUUAAUAAAUAAUUUACUUUAGCAAAUAAACAUGACCCAGUUUAUCAAGAAACUGUAACAAGAAGUUUAAAGUCUUUCAUUUAAGAAGUUCCUUUCAUGAUAAAAGAUAAUAAUAAAUGCAAUUUUAUAGAUCAUCAAUAGGAUUCUUAUUUAAACAUAAUAAGCUAGAUUGAUUAAUAUUCAACAAGCGACAAGGUUAAAAUUGGGGUCUUAUUCAUGGGUAAGGACUAAGAUAAUGAAUAAUAAAUAUUAUAAGCUUAAUGUGGUAGCUAAAGAUAUGAGAGAUUCUUAGAAAAUCUAGGUGAAAAAGUGAAAUUGAGUGAGCAUUAGGGCUUUUUAGGAGGAUUAAGUCCAGAUAGAGACGGUGAAUACACAAUAUAUAAUCAUUUUUAUAACUGUGAGGUAGUUUACCAUGUAGUCACUAUGAUGCCAAUAAAAAAUAAAGAAGAUAAGCAAUUUGUAUCUAAGAAAAGACAUAUUGGAAACGAUUUUGUAAAUAUCAUCUGGUGUGAAAAUAUCAGAAAAUACUAGUAAUACAUCAUACCAAGUUAGCUGACUACAGCAUAUAUAGUAAUACACCCUUUGACUAAUAAUUACUAUAGAAUUAAUCUUAUAAGAAAGGAUAAAUUAGGAGAUUUCUUCUUUCCUUGGAUAGAUAAAUCAGUUAUUCAUGAGUAAUUCUUAGAUACUUUAGUAAAGAUAGUAUCUCUUUAAGCAAGUUAUUGCGUUCAGCAGUAUUAAGCAAGAUAUCACCAAAAUCUACCUUAAAAUAUAUUACGUCCUUAUAAGUCUCGUUAAAGUUUGAUAUUUUAGAUACAAGAACAGCUUUCUAUCCCAUAAAAAAGCAACAUUCCAAUUUCAGAAUUAUUUUCAAUAAAUUAGCCUUAACCAUAUAUAGGGAAUACAAAUUAAAAUUAAAACUAAAAAAAUACUAACUCCAUAAUACAGAAUUAAUCUUAAAUUAAAGUAUCUAGCAAUACAAAUAUCUCAAAUAAUAUUGCUAAUCGUUUAAAAAUUUGA